AUGUUGUCGCAUACGAGGAAAAGGAUGCGUGAAAAUACGAUUAACGUUUCGGUACGAGUUGCGAAAAAUCGGAAGUUGGAUCCGAUAUUGAAAGUUGAGUGCGGUAAUAUUUUAAAAGAAUUAAUGAAUCACCCUGCUGGAUGGGUUUUCAGCGAGCCUGUUGAUCCUGUGAAGUUACAUAUUCCCGAUUAUUUCUCCAUUGUCUCCAAACCUAUGGAUCUUGGAACCGUAGAGGGUAAACUCAAUAUUUACUCUUGUGCCGACGAGUUUUUCGACGAUGUGAAACUGACUUUUGCGAAUGCGAUCUUGUACAAUCCCGGUUGGAACCAAGUUCAUCACUUGGCAAAGCAGUUGGAUUCUCUCUUCUGUAAGAGAUGGAAAAAAUUCGAGGCCGAUCGAAAACGAAAGAAAGAUUCUGAUACUCAGUGUGUUCGAAAGAAAUUGAAAAAAGAUUUGUCUACAGGUCAGGGUUUUUGUAUUCAACCAUGUAGGGUGGGGGUUGGUUCGAAGGACGAUUCUACCCCUGCGGCCUCCAGUACUUCUGUUGCUAAUGUCCAAAAACGGAAAAAAGAUUCCGUUGCUGAUUCAAAACUGGAUUCAAUAAAGGGCGUUGCUGCUGCUUCGAUUAUUAUGUCUACAUCGAACGUCGAAGAAAUGUCUCUGAAUAUCUCUAUGAGAGCUGCGAUGCUGAGAAGUCGGUUUGCAGAAACAAUCUUGAAAGCCAAGCAACAAUUGCACAAGGGUUCUAAUGAAGAGAGAGAAAGAAUCGAAGAAGAAUUUAGAGCUGCACAAAAGGAAGAUUUGAAGACGAGACGCAAGAUUGAGAGGAUGGCUCUUGAACAGAUGGAAAAAAGCAUUAGUAUAAAUGACGAUAACGCCCAUCUGUUGAAAGAGUUGGAGAGUUUGUGCGGCGAUUCGGCAUACAAUCUAUUUUACGGAAAGGUUACUAUUGCUAGUAAUUGUGUGGUUGUAAACCCUCUCGAGAAACUCGGCCUCUAUCUAAAGGAGGAUGAUUAUUAUUAUUUAGAAGAUGAAGAACAAGAUCGUGCACUGCUAGUUAUCGAGGAUGAGUUGGAAGAAGGGGAGGUUCGUUAG